AUGGCUGUUGUCAAUGGAAACGACAAAAAUGGUCACUCUGACAGCUGCUUGAUCUCCGAACAUCAGCUUUUCAGCGCUUUCUACGAUUUGGAGGUUCGUAAAGAGCUUUUUCCAUUUCUUUUAAAAUUGAUAAUCACGGCGUUCUUGUCAGUGAAAGAAAAUGCAGAAAAAAAUACCUGGGGCGGGCGCCGUAAAUCGUACGGCAGCAGUAGUUUUGGUCUGUUCAGGACCCGUUUUUGGAUUACAAUACCCACCCUUUGAAGCUCUCGCAAGAUUUACGGAAAGAGUUAGUUGAAAAAAAGCAUGUUUUUUGCUUUUUUCUUUAUUAAUACUUCUUUUAACGUUUUUUUCUAUAAGUACAAGUUAUUAUCCAAUUCUUUUGGCGUAGUUUGAAACCAGUUUCGUGUAAAUUAGAGCCAAAUUGAAUUUACUGAUGCAGUUUGAAGAUUUUGUUAUAUGAAUCAUCUAAAUUAUAUUUUUUUUCCAGUUGUUUCACACGGCGUUUUUUUUAUUACGCAAGGUCAAGGGUGGGUUCUUGUAUUCCAAAAACGGGUCCUAAACAGAUCAAAACUACUGCUGCCGUACGAUUUACGGCGCCCGCCCAUGGUAUUUUUUUUCUGCAUUUUCUUUCACUGACAAGAACGCCGUGUUCAUGGUUUUUCGGAUUUAAACAAACAUUUCGCCAUACGAGGUUUUUUUUCUGAAAAUUUCUGCUUCCUAUCCAUUAUUUGUUUUUCUGAAGCUAGGUUUUCAAGGUAUAUAAAAUGUUUCUUUUUUUCAUUUGCUCCUCGAAUUUUUCCUCAUUUCAAUAUUUUUCGUAUUUACAAUUGCUUAUUCAAUGGGAGCUGAUUCACCUUCAUAAUAUUUAUGUUUUUUUAUUUUUGUAAUCAGUAAUUUAGAGUUUUUCCCCUUCCGAAAUCGUUCCUAAAUUUUUUAACGCAAGUGAAUGUUUUUUUCACAUCAUAAUCUUCAAACUGACAAGAUUUCGAACAUUUCAGAAGUUAUUAUCCUAAAAUUGCAAAUUCUAAAAUUGAAAAAAACAAUUUUUGAGUAUUCGUUAGUGCGUCUCGGUGUGCUUACACCCUAAACAUCAUAAUUUACGAGAAGUCUUGACCUUGCGUAAUAAAAAAAACGCCGUGUAAUGUUUUUCGGCUGCAUAGUUGGAUCUGUCUCGAAUUAUUUCAGUCUACGAUUUGUUUUUCUUUGAAAUUAAGAAACUGAAUCUUUUUAAUGUUAUAUUUUGCUAGACAAAGUAGUUGUUGAAGUAAAAUAUUUAUUAUAUCCUAAUACGUAGAAACGAUCAGAUAUCUUCUGUAACAGAAGAUAUGUGAUCGUUUCGUAGUAUUGGAAUAUAAUCAGCAAUUUUCGAUUAUGAAAGUUCUCAACAUUUUGUUAUAUUUUGCUGAUGAUAUUCUAAAUCUUCCGUUCAAAAUGGUGUACGGCUGGUUUUUUUUUUCUUGAAACGUGUCAAAAUUAUCAAACAUGAACUGGUUUUUUUUAAAAGGUUUUCCGCCUGGGAGAAUUCUAUUUGAAAUCUGGCCAAAUGACUCCGAUUUACAUCGAUCUCCGCCGUGUGAUUAGCGCCCCUCGAAUUUUGGUAGUUUUUCUUUGAAUCAAAAUAUCGUUUAACCAAUGAUCAUUAACUUAAGAGGCUAGCUGCCCGAGCCCUUUGCGACAUCAUCGAAGAGCGAGAAUUACAGUUUGACUACAUUGUCGGUGUACCUUAUGCCGCUCUUCCUUUGGCCACGGUAUCGUUUGGGAUCACUUUGAAAGAAGGGCAGAACGAACGAAAAAAAAAGUGUCAAUGUUAUUAAUUAUCUCUUUUCCAGUUGGUUUCUGACAUUUUGGACGUUCCUAUGUUGAUGAAGCGCAAAGAGGCCAAGUCCUACGGCACGAAAAAGCUCAUUGAGGUUAUUUAUCGAGGUUUUUUUUGGCUGUCAACACACGUUCUAUAGCCUAUUCCGCGCCAGCUUGUCACGUUUUUCUUUCCGCUAAAAAUACCGUCUGUCAAAUUAAAUCAAAAUUGAGCAUCUUCGCGUCAAGAACUUUGUUUUCUGCUGUCUUUUUAGCAGUUUCGUUGAGCAAAACUUUGUGUUCGGUAGGGUUUUUUCUGUUCUUUUAAAAAGUGACCACCUCCGCGGAACGCACUAUACGAGAGACUCGAUGAGUUGCCAAAACAGUGGUACGAAAAGUUUAUGUUGCUUUUUUUGAGCUCAUUCCUUUAUCACCACAGCUGCACUAGUCUUUAAAACGUUCGGUCGAUGUGUUGACAGGAUCUGCCACUUUUGAGGGUUACUGUAGCCAAAAUACAAAAUAAAACCUAUUUUUCCUCCCGAGCUCAAGUAGAAUAAAUUUCAAUUUAACUGAAAUACAAGGCCACCUUUUUUUUUGUUGAAAACUUUUCUGACAGGGAAGGUCAUUUCACUUUUCGGUUGAGAAAUUUGCGAAAUUCGGCCAGAAAAUUCCUCGAUGUACCAGAAGAAGGUUCUGAAAGUCUCAACAUGUCGAUGAAGAAAUAAGCUCUUCGAAACUUUUCCAAUGCAUAUGGGUUUGGUUAGCGAUUGUCGUUUAGCAGAAUUUUAUUUUUGAUGCCGAUUGCUCUUUCCUUGGCCUGUCAACCCACAAAGUCUCAAUUCUCAACUCGAUAUUCAGGGAAGACCGUACCCUACGGCCUUCUUCAGUACUUUUCAAAUUUUUUUUUCGCGCGCAAAAGCCUUGGGUGGGAUCCAGCCGACGUAUGGCAUGCUACCGAAUUUCCCCAUCUGCAAAAAACUUCCACUUUCGCACAUGUUUCCGUAGUAACGUUAAACUUCGCAUCUGAAUCAUCCGAUUUCAGGGUGUUUACAGCGCUGGAGGGACGGUUCUUCUGGUCGAAGACGUCGUAACGACGGGAGAUUCGAUUCGGGAGACAGCUGAGGCAAUCAGAAAAGAAGGAUUGCUGGUGAGAAAAUUUUAUCGAUUUGAAUAGUCAUAUGAGCACACCUGAAGCUUGUGCCUUUUCGGUCUCCAAAGUACAGAAUCAGGUAAAAAUGUCAGAUGGAAUAAGAAAAAAAAGGGUGCGAAAUGAACAAAAGUAAAGACGGAAUUGGCGGAAAAAAUGUGGGUCACCGUUGAGUGACUUGGUUUGUAAAAUGCCUUCGUUUCAAGAAGACCAAAAUCUCUUUUCAGGUGGCCGAUUCAGUAGCUGUUCUCGAUCGACAACAAGGUGCCGUGCAGAACCUUCAACAAGAUAAAAUUCAAUUCCUGAGGUAAUUUUUUCAGGUUACUCUAUUUAAAGAAAAAAAACUUUAGAGGGUUUUUUUAAGGAUGUGAAUUCAAACUAAAACAUGUUUUUACUAUUAUUCUAAGAAGUUAGUGAUUUCAAUGGAUGUCUUCCACGUGUCCUUUUGAAAGUCCUUAGAAACAUUUUCGUCGGAAAAUCUCUAUUUACGUUCUGCUAUUAUUUUUUUGUGAAAUCUUUUUUUAUUCGAAAUCGUUUUACAGUUGUCUUACGAUGGAAAAAAUUCUGAACGGUCUCAUUUCCAAAGGACAAAUGAACGAACAACGCAAAAAGGAGAUUAUUGAGCACCUUGCCAAGCCCUUUUAA